AUGAAAUUUCUCUGCUGUGGUAAAGGGGAUAGAGUCGAUGGCGACCAAGUCCCUCCCCGACUUAGUCCUGCGCCUAGCGAAGGGGAAGUUAAUUCAAUUUCAUCACCGAUCACCCAUAGCACCGGUGUACCUCCUAUGCGAAAGAAGACGGCUGUUCCAAGAGACCUCUGGACGGAGGCGUACAAUAGUCUCCCCGAAGAGCGUCGGAACUUAGUCCCACUCAAAGGUACUGGCUCCACAACGGAUGCCAUUGAUAUGGUGAUCGAGCAGACAAAGGCCAAGUACACGGAAUGGCAGGAAAGCGGUUUCAAGAUCCAACGCAAAGACGAAAAAGACAUUGAUGUCCGUGCAACUUCGGAGAAGAUCCUGGACGCAGCCUUACAGGCCAAGGCUCUUAUUUCUAAUUUGACCGCCUUUGAUCCGACCGGAAAGGGUAAGAUUCCUGUUUAUUAUUGGGGAAUGUCGCACUCAUAUGCUUUUAGCUUCGGCGGCAUGGUCGGUCGUGUCGCUUGGUCUGACGGUAAGUGUUGGGUAUCGAGAUUGCUUGUUCCGGGUAGUCGGCUGAUAGACAAACAGAUGAUUUCGAACAACAACACUCGUCGGGAUGCGACGUUCGCAUCAUCGGAAUAUCUGGCUGAAAGCCUUGCUUAUUAUGCUUUGAUCGAUGCACACUACCGUGAUGACAAGAUGGAAGGCGGGGAGAACUUCGACCGCGCACUUCUCCGGGUGUAUACUGCGAUCUUGGAGUAUACGGCCGAAGUGACCAAACGCCACCAGGAAAGUUUUAUUGGUACAAGACCUAUCGUUCAUUCCGCUGGUAUUGUCGUAUUCGAGGGUAGCCUUCGCUAA